AUGUUCCUACAAGAUGGUUAUCACUUUUGCCUGCUAUAGAUCGAUUAAUGUAUAGCUGGCCUGCAGUAAAAUAUUAUUUUUUAGAAAACGCCGUGACUCGGGGCACGUUAACGUGCCGGAAUUUUUUGACGAACGAGGCACGUUUGACGUUUGCAAUCAGCUGAUUUCUCUGCUUGAGAUUUGUCAAGUGAGGUUAUAGAAAUAAAAUCUUGGUGUUUCCUCUGAUUCAACUAUAGUGGUGUGGGUUAGUACCUAUUAUAGUUAAUACUGUUAAUAGUGCAUGGGUAGUUACAAUACAAUACAAAUAUUUUUGAAAACAGAGUUGAAAACCGAAACUAUUCCCAACAUAAGUAAAUUAUUCUUAUAUCGACGAACCACUUGCCAUGUCUGCAGAGGAAGACACAUUAUACAAAGGGCGUCGAUUUGAUACUUAUGAGGAGUUAGAAAUGUGUGUGAAGAGUUAUGAAACUAUCAAUAAACAAAAGUUUUAUAAAAUAAGGAGCCGAACAAUCACCAGUGCAUCUAAUUCUCUUAAGAGAAAACUUAAACAAUCUCUCGUCUAUUAUGAGAUUGAAUAUGCAUGCAUUCAUGGAAAAAGACUUGCAAAAAGAGGUAAUGGAAUAAAAAAAACUAGCACUUUGCGCCAAGGAUGUGAAGCAAACUUUAAGCUUCGUGUUUCAUCUGAGGGACAUUCUUUACAAAUAUGUAGCAUUAACACGAUGCAUACAAAACAUGAACUGUCACAGAAGGUGUAUGAUCAUCUACCUCAGACUCGCGCAUUGAAUGAAGACGAGCUCAAAUCUGUGCAAACUUUUUUAUCUUUGGAUGCAAAUAAAAAGAAAAUUCAGAGUAAAGUGCUGGCAGACACUGGGAAGAAAACGACAUUAAAGGACUUGCAAAAUAUCAAUUAUAGAAGAAAGAUAGAGAAGAAUGAUCUAGAUGAAGUUGUUUCUUUGUUGACAAAAUCUUAUGGAUGUAUGGUUGAUAUUUUCUGUGAUGAGGAUGAAAAAUUCAAAGCAAUGCAGUUUACAACACAAGAUAUGAGAAAUGCUUUAAAUGCUUGGCCAGAAUUUAUAAGUAUCGAUGGAACAUAUAAAUUGAUUGAUAUAGGUUGCACUGUAUUUUUAUGUCUGGUAGUAGAUUCUAAUGGACAGUCAGAAAUUGCUAAUGUCUCACUUAUUUCUACCGAAGAUAAAAAGACCUACCACUGGAUAUUUGAACAAUUUAAAAAACAUUUUGAUUUUACAAAGGUGAAAUCUUUCAUGGGCGAUAAAGAUUUAGUAGAACGUCAAGUUGUUAAAGAUCUUUUCCCAAACACUCCAUUUUAUCUUUGUAUCUUCCAUACACUAAAGACGUUUAGAAGAGAAGUGACUUGUGACAAAAAGAAUAUUUCCAGAGAAGAGCGUGAUUUAUCGUUAAAUUAUUUACAAAAACUUGUAUAUAGUAAAAAUGAAUCAGAAUAUGAUUUAUUAUAUUCUCAAUUCAAAGAGUGUGUUCCACAAUCUGUGAUAGCAUAUUUUGAAAGGUCCGGCUAACAGUCAUAAAGUGCUUUGGGAGUUUAUUUCCGAAGGAUGUGAUAGUAAUGAUUUUAAUAAUGAGGAAGAGUGCCUGAAAGAAAGCCUGAAUGACUGCUAUCUUUUCUUUUUGCAGAAUGUUUUGCCUGAAUUCACCAAAGUAAUCCUGAUAUUGGAAAGUGAUACCUACUCUAUUUUAGACCUCGAUCGUGCAAUGCGAAAUCUUUUUGACCAACUAAAAAGCCGGUUAGCUGAUAAUUUUUUGGAAGUAAAGUCAAGGUUAUUUUUAGAAACCUCUGCGAAGAUAAAAAAAAUCAGUUUACAGAGCAAGCUCACAUUUUUCUGCAAAGAGCAAUUCAUUAUCUAGAAGAAAGAUACGACUUUGGACCAGAUGGGAUUUACAAGAAAUUUGAGUUGCUUUCCCUUAAAUCAGAGGAUUUUAAGCUGACGUGGGAAGUACUGUCAGAGUUUCCUGAUAUAUUAAAAAUUGAAGACGCAGUUGACAUUGACUCUCUUUAUACAGAGUUUGCGUGCAUAAAAUCGGUUUUUGAGGUUCUUCCUAAAGAUUUACCGAACGAUAAGAUAUGGGCGCAUUUCUUUAGAACAAACGACACAAACGAUCUU